AGUCAAGUUCUUCAAGGAAAUAGAAAUUGAAGCGUAGAGAUGAGAGAAGACAAUACGAAGAGAGAGAAAGUAGAUCUGGUUUCUCAAUUCUCCAUCUUCUACCUCCGAGCAUCAUCCGGCGACAUCGCCACUACCAAUGGACUCUUCGGCCUCCAAUUAGUUGACCUAGGCUGCGUCAUCCAACGAUAUCGAAAGUCAGCACCACAUGCUUCCGACUGCGAGUUCGGAUCUACACCCAACAGAUAUCACAGAAUCGGGAGCGAUUUGGGGAUUUAGGGUUUCAAAAUCGAAAGCGUCGUCGUUUUCGAAAUGGCGUUGGGCAAGGUGAAGGAGCUCGUCUCGUCCAAUCCGGUAGUCAUCUUCAGCAACAAGUUUUGUCCUUACUGUGUUUGCGUGAAGCAGCUCUUCGUUCUAAAAUUGGGAGUCCAGUACAAGGCCAUUGAAUUGGACCAAGAGAGUGAUGGUAGUGAGAUACAAUCGGCGCUUGCUGAGUGGACUGGACAGCAUACUCUGCCCAAUGUUUUCGUUGGCGGAUACCACAUUGGUGAUUGUGACAGUAAGUUCGACUUGACUCCCUAAACCUCCAUAUUAUCAGUUUCAACUUUUAGUAAUGUUCUUCCACAUACGGAAGUCUUGUCGUCUUGAUGAUUCUAAUUCCCUAAACCA